AUUUUGUGACUGACGUAUGUCGCAUAUGAAAUAUUCCCAAUUUAUCACACAAUUGUGUUCUCAAAUCGAGUAACAGGUCACUUGACCAAAGGUACGAAUUGUACAUUCACAAAUUAGACGCAAAGAGGACCUUCCCUUAUCCAAGUUGGAUUGCAAUGGGUUGGAAACACGCAGGAUCGACAUAACAAGUUGGUGAACGGAGGUCCGCAAAAAAAUGUCUUUGAGCGAUCAUCCCCGCGCCUAUGGCACCGCCGCAGUCGCACUGGCUUUCAUAUCCGGGGUCCUCGUGACCCUCGGCCUCAAAGACUUGUACCCAGACUUAGAACAACGAUUUCGGCAACGACCGCGAGCAAGAGCACCGCGGGGCGCAGCGGAUGCCCGCCGGCGAUCCAGCCUCUUCUGGGGUCCGGUCGAACUAGAAGAUCGUGAAGACUCUGACGGCGUCGCCGUGCCCGGGGCCUUUAUCCCGCGGGACGAGGGCGUGAGCGACGGCAUCGAGGGGUGCAUCGGGCGCACACCACUAAUCCGGAUCCACAGCCUAUCCGAAGCCACGGGCCGCACGAUCCUCGCCAAAGCCGAGUUCCUCAACGGCGCCGGCAACAGCCCCAAGGACCGCGUGGCGCUGAACAUGAUACAAGCCGCCGAGGAAGCCGGCAUCCUGGUUCCGAACCGCGGGGACACCAUCUACGAGGGCACGGUCGGCAGCACGGGGAUCUCGAUCGCGGCGCUGGCCCGCGCCAAGGGGUACCGCGCCCACAUCUGCAUGCCGGACGACCAGAGCCUGGAGAAGUCGGAUCUGCUGCACCACCUCGGCGCCACCGUCGAGCGCGUCCCCGUGCAACCCAUCACGUCCCCCGAGCACUUCGUCAACCUCGCGCGGCGCCGCGCGAAAGAGCACACGGAGUCCGGCGCCGACUCCAGCGUCGGCUUCUUCGCGGACCAGUUCGAGUCGCCCUUCAACUUCCAAGCGCACAUGCGCACCACGGGCCCGGAGAUCUACGCCCAGACCUCCGGGAAGCUCGACGCCUUCGUGGCGGGCGCCGGGACCGGGGGUACCAUCUCGGGGGUCGCUAAGUACCUGAAGGAAGUGGCGAAACUUACUAAACUAAAAGUGGUGCUCGCGGACCCGCAGGGCAGCGGGUUGUACAAUAAGAUCCGGCAUGGGGUCAUGUACUCGUCGACCGAGAAAGAAGGGACGAGGCGGCGGCAGCAGGUGGAUUCUAUCGUCGAAGGUGUGGGAAUUAACAGGGUGACGGAGAACUUGGAAGAAGGGCGCGACCUAAUCGACACGGCGGUCCGUGUGACGGACGCGCAGGCAUGCAAGAUGGCGCGGUGGCUAGUCGAGCACGACGGCAUAUUUUGCGGCAGCAGCAGCGCGGUGAACUGCACCGCCGCCGUCGUCGCGGCCCUAGACUUACCUAAGGGGAGCACGGUCGUGACGAUCCUGUGCGACUCCGGAACCCGGCACCUAAGCAAGUUCUGGAAGAAGAUUGCGGAGUCGGGGUUGGAGGAUGAGCCUAAACCGGAUGACUUGCUCACACUGCUGGAUAUCAAGAAGCCGCGAUGAUACCCCUACUUUUUACUUGAGCAUGUAGAUUAAACAAUACGAAAAAAAACAUUACGAAGCUACGAGACCACGAUGUGAUAUCAGACGGCAUGGAA